AUGUGGCGGGCUCAUUUAAAGCCAGGGUUCCGGCGGUUGACGAGCCAGUUCUCCGUCGGGCCACGCUCGCCCGAGGCCAGAGGCUCGGCCCGUGCCUUUGCUGGGCGGGCCUCCCGCACGGGGCGCGAGGCAGCCAAGCCUCCAGUGGAAGCGCAAGCCAAAGAGCCUACGGAGGUGAAAGAGCCUCCGAAGGAAGAACCGAAGGCACAAGUCACUGAUCUGCCAGAUGGUCUGAUUGUGCUGCCGCUUCUCAGGAAGCCGGCAUUCCCUUCCUUCAAGCAGAUCUUACAGGUGAGUGAGCCUGAAGUGAUCGAUCUUUUGAAGACCUAUCGGAGCAAGAACCAGUUCGAAUACAUUGGCGGCUUCUUGAUGAAGGAUGCAGCUGGCCAGGACCCUCCGAGAGCCUUUGGCAGCUCCGAGCCCUCCGGCUUGCGAAGGGAUGCAGGGAAGGCAGAGAGUGUCAACCAAUUGGAAGAGGUGGGGACACUACUCCAGGUCUUGGAGAUCAUUUCCUUCAGCAACAACGCGGGUGGCCAGAUCACUGUGAUGCCCAAGUAUCGCGUUCGGAAAACAGGAACCUUGACCCAGUCCACGCCGUAUGUGCCUUUGCCGGUGGUCCGUUAUCGUGCUCUAGAGCCAAUCCAGGCCAUCGAGAAUGUGGAGGAGGCCAAAUCAGCUUUGGCACCAUUGGCCACCGUUCGUGCGUUGGCCUUGGCCCUUGUGCUGUGGGGCCUUGGCUCAGCAAGGCUCACCAAGCCCAAGGGGGUGGAGUUGGAUGACCAGGAACUGACUGCCCUGGCCCAGCUCAGUGAGAAGGCUGGAGAUGCUCCGCAGGCAGAAAGAGUGAAGGAUGAGGAAACAUCCCAGGAGGAUGCCUCAGAUGAGGACAACAUCGAUAAGCUGAAAGAAGAACCUCUCAACCGCAGCAAGUCCGAAGAGGAGAAGGAGCUGAAGGAGCAGGAGAACGAACAGGGCAAGGUGAAGAUCGUACGAGACGAAGCAACGCCCAAGCAGAUCACUCGCGUGGACGUGAAGGUGCACCACGCGAACCAGCCGCUGCCCGAGGAUGAGAAGGUGGAUGCCUGGGCACUCAGAAUACGAGAGAUCCCGCGCGAAGGUGGGAGGUAG